CACCGCGAGGAGGAAAACUUGGAUGAUUGUCUGGGUGUAAAUUGUUGCGUGUCGCGAUGGGAGAAAUACAAGUGGGAAGUAAUGAACAAUAGAGCUAGCUAUUUCCGGGAGGCGCCAACAUUCCCGAGCAACUUUCGUGCUCUUGUUGUGCAUAGCGAUAGUCAGCCAAACACACAGCUCAUUGUUGUCGCUCAAAGCCCAUCCAGUUCACACUAGCAGCUGGUUUUGUGUCAGGAGAGAUUAAGCGAGAUCACCGAGGAGGGAGAAUCAAACUGCCGGCGUCCUGUUGUCAAAUGAUUUGCAUAAGGACUUCCGCCCCCUGAAUUUAGUUUCUGCAUCAACUGGCAAAGGCAGUGGGCAGACCCGAGCCCUCAAGUCAGGCGCAGUCAUGCGGACUUGACAUUUAAACUCGGUUAAUAUUUGGACAUGAACGGCACACGCGUGUAUUUCGGAUGGUCCCGAUGGAUUUGGAUUAAACGGCACACUGGGAUCUGACACUUUCAUUCUCAGAGGCGUUUACUAUGCUGUUUAUCUGCAGGCUCUUGUGGAAAAUGCGCGUUCUCAUCUCCUCUCAAACAGGGGAUUCCUCGUCUGUUUGCACAUGUCUGUUUGGAUCCUAAAGUAGGAUACAGCCAGAUCCUCCAACCCAGUCCAGGAUCUGAUGUCUAUUUCAAUGUGUCAUAUUAGAAGAGUUGACCAUCUCUUUUGGAUGGAGUUUUACCUCGCGAUCUUCUUUUGAGGUGUUGGACAGCUUGGAUGCGUUUUAAAUCGUUGUUUGCCUUGGAUUACUUCUUUUUUUGGCUACAUUUUUCAGGUUGGAUCUUCUCGUUUAUUUCGGGUGUCUAAACUCGGUGUUUACUGUUAAAAUCACACGUUUCAUUCUUCUGAUUCGUUUUGCCGAUCCACUGGGUGGAAAUACUGUGUGAUCUCUUGUUGGUUUAUUUAUUGGUCGUUUAAAGCUUUUGCACACCAUGACUUUCGUGUCCGGGGCAGUGGUUCUGUUGAUGCGUGGACUCGUCAUCUCUGCGGUACUGGGCUUAGAGGGUUCAUACACGAGUCAUUUGUCGAACCGAGUCACUCCGGAUCCAGCAGCAGUAGCUGUUGCUCCUACAGACCCGUGUUUGACAGUCAUCCCUCCAUGUAUGAAUGAAGCCGACCGCUUCAGUUUAGAGGCGCUUCGGCACAUUCACAAGCAGCUAGAUGAUGACAACGAUGGAGGAAUUGAAGUGAAUGAGAGUGUAGAGUUUAUCAUAGAGGACAUGAAGCAGCAGCAGACCAAUAAACACAGUAAUCUUCACCGAGAGGACCAGCACAUCACGGUGGAGGAGCUGUGGAGGGGCUGGAAAAUAUCAGAAGUGCACAACUGGACACUGGAGGAUGCAGUUCAGUGGCUGAAAGAAUCCGUGGAGCUUCCCCAGUACGAAAAAAACUUCAGAGAGUUUAAAGUAGAUGGCAACACGUUACCUCGAAUAGCGGCCAAUGAACCGUCGUUUAUGUCAAUGCAGCUAAAGAUAUUAGACCAACGACAUAAACAAAAAUUAAAUCUAAAAGCAUUGGACGCAGUGCUCUUUGGACCUCCACUACGUCCUCACCAUCACUGGCUGAAGGACUUUGUUUUGAUGAUUUCAAUCAUCAUUGGUGUGGGAGGCUGCUGGUUUGCAUACAUACAGAACAAAUCGUCUAGAAUUCACAUCUCCCAGAUGAUGAAAGAUCUGGACAGUUUACAGCAUGCUGAACAGAGCCUGAUAGAGCUACAGAGCCGACUGGAGAAGGCUCAGGAGGAGAAUCGUACAGUUGCGGUGGAGAAGCAGAACCUGGAGCAGAAGAUGCGUGACGAGAUCAACGGAGCAAAGAGAGAAGCCAGCAGACUGCGAGAGCUGCGAGAGGGGGCUGAAUGUGAACUCAGCAGACUCAAGUAUGCAGAGGAAGAACUAGUGCAGGUGCGAAUGGCACUGAAGAGAGCAGAGAAAGAGAUGCAGGCAGAUUGGUCGGUGCCAGAAGCCUUGCAGAUGUGGCUUCAGCUCACACAUGAAGUGGAACUGCAGUACUACAACAUUAAAAAACAGAGUGCCGAGCUGCAGCUCACGGUCGCAAAGGAUGAGGCAGAAAAGAUCAAGAAGAAGAGGAACUCUGUGUUUGGUACCCUCCAUGUUGCACACAGCUCAUCACUGGAUGAAGUAGACCACAAAAUACUUGAGGCUAAAAAAUCUCUUUCAGAGGUCACAGCCUGUUUGCGUGAACGUCUUCACCGCUGGCAGCAAAUAGAGAAGUUAUGUGGCUUUCCAGUGGUUAAUAACUCUGGGCUGCCCAACCUCACCGCCUCCCUGUACGCCGACCACAGCUGGGUGGUCAUGCCGCGUGUGUCGGUGCCACCCUACCCAAUCGCUGGCGGGGUGGAUGAUCUCGAUGAGGACACACCACCAGUCAUUCCACAGUUCACUUCUACUUUGAUUCGACCUUCUCUGACCCGCAACAGCAGUGUUUGUCGUUCUCGCAGAAGUCUUAUCUCUCAGCCCUCGUCCCUUUCUCCUGACCCUGACCUGUUGUCUAUGGCCUCAGCCCCACUGGCCUACAGACCUGAGGGAGACGAUGAUCACAUCUUCUUCACUGUCGAAAGGAAAGGGGAUCUUCAGGACACAUGCUCAGAUUCAGAUUCUCUCAGUUCCUCUUUGGGCAGGAAGCAGUUCUCUGGUCCUUCUGUUCAAAGUACAUUUGCUAAAGGCAUGGAGACCCCAGCACGUAAAAUCUCUCGUGAUGAACUACUUCUCCUGGCACAGGAGGCCCAGGCUAUCGCCAUGGAGUCCUUACCUUCUACCACAUCCUCCCCUUCAUCUCCUCUCGACUCCUCCUCCAUUCACAAGGGAUCUCCGGACAUUACCCGCUCUUCUGUCCUCCCAGAAUCUCAAAGUUUAAUCUUUCACCCUGGCUCCAAAUCUGCAGCCUAUAAUGGCAUUCUGGAAAAGUCAUACAGCAUGGGGCAGCUGUCCGCUGGUGGGAUGCCUCCAGGGGGACAUUACCCCUCGAUUAGCUCACUUGACAUAGAAAGCAAAUCUAUCAAGGAGCCCAAGCAACUCCAGCCCACCUCCUCCCAGGACUUGUGUGACAACGUAGAGAAAAAACGCUCCAAGAUCAAGAGCUUGUUCAAGAAAAGCAAAAAGCUGUGAGGAACAGUAGAGAAGAGGAAGAAAUGGAGAGAAGAGGAAGAAAUGGAGAGAAAAAGAAGCCUUAAAGAAAUAAAUGAGGGUCAAUCAGAAGCCAAAACAUUUUUCAGUUACUUUGUCGUUUUUUAAAUUUAAAUGGAAUGUAGCUUCACCUGGUUACAGUGCUGGGUUGGAAGCCUUUUUUGUAGCCUCACACAUACGCCUUUGAAGGCCAAAAAAAGUUAUGUUAGCGUUUUGCAGAACAUGUCCUCUUCACUGUUUUUCGUUAAGUCUCAAUUUUCUAUAAUAUGCAUCCUAAUGAUGUCACCAGGAAGAGGGAUCAGGAAAACAGAAUAAAACAGAAUAGAGUCAAAUAUUAGCCAAAUCUCCAAAUUUGAAAAUCCUGAAAAUUCUGUCAUUUACUUUCCCUCAUGCCACUCCUAUUAUGUAUACAGUAGUUUAAUGGCACACAAAACCAUUUUUUUUAAGGAACUGUUAACAGAGUUCUAGCAAUACAACCAAGAUUCAUAUUGACCAAGGGCUGUUUAUCUCAGAAAAGAAAAAAAGAAAAAAAUAAAUAAAAGAAAAUAACCACACCGAAGAGCAACAUAAUAGUAGUUUUACAACUCAUGUGCAAUAUUUCAAGUAUUCUGUAAAUCUGCAUUUUUUUUUUUUUUUUUUCUGUUGGCCUGCGUUACAAAUGCUACAAAUGGAUGUGUUUGAUUGUUGCACCGUGUCUCACUAUUUAAUUUACAGGAGUGACAACUGCAUUUUACAAUUGGAUUGACUCCCCUGAAAAAUGCCAGUAGUGACAACCACAUUUACAAAAACUCCAAACACAUUAUCUUGGAAAUAAGCCACAUAUCAAAACAUAGUGACUUGCACCUGCCUCUUUUAUUAACUCCAUAAACUGGACCGCUUUAUGAGCCAAUCCCAAAAAUGCUUGAUACCUAACAUGCAAGAUUGCAAACUGUUAUGGUUACCAUUGUGCCAGUUUUGACAGUGAGUUCUGUUCCAUACACACAAAACUGUAAUGUAGGGGAUUUACUCCCUAUUUAAAUGCGGUUGAAACUUUACAGUGUGUAUGUGGCCACUGGCAUGAUCAAACAAUAAGGCAUCAUGGUUUGCCAUUAUAUAAAGACUUGCUGACCAAAUGAAUAAUAAUAAUAAUAAAUUAAAAAAUGAAGAAAGCAAGUCUGCUUAUCUUAUAGAUUACUGAAAUUAUAUAACAAACUUGUUUUCAUCAUGGCAGGUUUGACAGAAGAUGAAUUUUAAUUUUGAAAUGGCAAUUUUAAAAGUGAAAAAAAAAAAAAAAAGUAAUAUGUGUCUUAAAAUGCAUUUUAAGAUCCUGUAUUAUGUUCCAUCUUGCUUCUCCAAGUACAGAUGUUUAAAUUACGUUUUGAAGGUUAAGUAUACAUGUCAAAUAUUGAUAACUGUUUUCACAACUGAUCAUUUCCAAGUACUCAUGUCUAUCACUAAAUCUUAGGGAUUUGUGUGAUAAACAGGUUGAAAUUUAAGUCAUUAUUCCAUACAUACGUUUCUUUUUUUUUUUUUCAUAAUAUCAAUAUCUAUACAUUUUUUCCCCCUUGUUGUUGGGUAAAGAUAGCAAUUUAAUCCCACACUUAAAUUGGUUUUAUUGUAUAUGCUGGCCAACGUGUCAAUAUCAUUGGAAGUUUUUGACUUCGGCUUGAUUUGCAUAUUUGACAUCAAUUUGAUGUCUUGUCAACAUCAAUUGCCCACUGUUCAAGUUCACUUUUAGAUCUGUUUCCAUUUCUUAAGUGUACCAACAUCUCAAAAUCACCCGAUGGAUAGAAUAAUUUAUUUACACUCUUUACACAACAGUUCAGCUGUAGAAAUGGCACGUUGUGUUUGGUUACUAGGCAGCCAAGAUCCAAUGGCUUUUUGACAAAAAUUAUAAAGCUGCAUCUGGACUCAGGCUUGACCAUAGCUUGGUUGGAAGUAAAGAUUAUUAGUGAGAACACUUAAAUUUAAGUCUGGUUGUCUCAAAAAGCGGUCAUAUUGCUUCAGAAGACUUGAAAUCCAAUGCACAAGUCAUAUGGAUGGAUUUUCCUUAUGGUGUUUUUUUAUGUUAUUUAUUUAUUUUUUGGGUACUUAACAUCCCAUGGUCCCCUUGAACUAAGUUGUAUGACAAGACCUAUAUAACAAAUCUUUAAAAACCCCUACUUUGGUGACCCGCAUACAAAUUAUUAACAUUUGGAAUGACACAAGGGUGAGUUAACAAUUACCUUUUUUUUUCUCCCCACAUUUGAAGUCAUAAGAGUUUGAAAGGCAGCUGGGAAGGGUCCAGGGUGAAAUCUGGGCUUUCAGUUUUGUCACUUCUGUUUACUGCCACAGAGCUCCUGUACUUGACAAUAUUUUUUUAAGAAAAAAGAAAAGAAAAAAGGAAAAGAGUAACACUUAACAUAAAGCAGCAUGUCAGAACGCCUAUAUAGUGAAAUAAUGAACAUAAUGUAAAGAUUCAGUAAAUUAAUACAGAUUACUCUUUUCUGUGCUAAAUACUUCCCUAAGCACUAUAUUUCAAUUAUCAUUACUCUUUUUAUUUUUGUUUUAAAACACCAUUUUACAUUACUAGAAUGAUGCCAGCAUAUUGUUUUAGCAAAUUUGUUAUAUAAAUAAAUAAAUAAAUAAUAAAUACAUUUAUAAAAAGAUACAGAAAUUAAACCCAAGCUGUGUACAAUUGAUAGCAGACCUAUAGAAGUGUUAUGAAGACUUUUCAGGUGUGGCGUUUAUAAGGCGUCUUGACUAACUGCUGUGUGGAAAGCGCUACUGAAUUAUCCUGCUAAAGGUUGUUGCACUACUGCUUUGCUUGCCAGGAAAGAGUCGCUUUUGGCGGCAUUAGAGUAAGUUAUGAUAGUUAGAUCAAGGAGAAUAUUUGUAAAGAUGCGUUAAAAAGCAGAAAAUUUACAUCAAAGCAAGAAAAAAAAGGAUAUAUUUAGAUUAGAAUGCCUCUUGCCACAUUUAUUCUCAGAAUUAUUAUAAUUUUUUUCAUCAUGAAUAUGAUUAUUAGAAGUUAUUAAAUUGUAUUAAUGUGAUUUCUUUUGGGUAGCUGAGGAACGAUUUUUUUUUCUUCUUCUGAGCAAUGUAUAUGAUAUGCAGAUUUUGACCCAAAAUUCCUCUUUCUUGAACUGAGUGCCCUGUUUCAAGGGCGUUACCAUCACUGUGAUCAUUAUACCUCUCUCCACUCAUACAGAUCAUCCACUAUGGAGCACUAAACUGAUUCUGUUUUGGCAAAAAUUAUUGCAACUUUUUUGAAUUGCAAGACCUUUGUCCGGUGCCAGAGAGGACAGCGCAACAGUGGUGCCUAAAUUUGUCUGUCUCAGAACUCUCUCACUCAGCAUUGUGAAUGCUGAUAAAUAUGAAGGCUAAAAAAUGUUUUCUGUAUAUACACAUGAGUGUUUAUGUGUGUGUAUAUAUAUAUUUAUACAGUGACUGACAUGGACACAUGAAUGUUGAGAUGAUUGAGCUGAGCCUUUUUUUUUUUUUUGUGAAUAUUUGUAUACAGUAGGACAAAUUAAUAAAAAAUUGAGGCAGAAGUCUCAUCUGUGCAAUUA